CGGGAACAUGUCCAAGCCCACCUCCCUCGCCUCUGCGCGAUUAGCCGGCCGAAAGAUGCGGCGCCUGAUCAACUACCCUCUUUACAUGCCAGUUGUCCAUAGCGUCGCAGUGAGCCUUUUCUUGGAGCUGGGCCUCUUGGUUUUAGCGUCUGUGAAGCGUGGUCAGCACCUUCGACAGGAAUCGUUGAGCACAGACCAAGUCUUAUCAUCUCAUGUAGACAAAACAAGUGCAAAAGCACACUUUUCAGGACCUGGAGGCGACAAAGCAGUCGACAGUGCUCCAGCAGAGGAAGAGGACUACAGUGUCCUGAAACGGUCACACCAGUCAGAACAACACGCUGACGACGUCCACGUCGAGGUCUCCUCUCGUCCUGCAAGCACCUGCAGCGACGUUUACCACGGUCGUCGUCGGGCGCGGUGGUGGCGGAUGACGGGGAGGCCCCACCUGGUGACGGUGAGGUCGUGGUUGUAGAUGCGAGGGGGCGUUUGAAUGACAUCAAUCAUCUUCACGAACAAGACGCGGGCGAGUGCCCCGUUUCCAUCCUUCGCGGCUGGUUCUCGUUUGCCUCUCAUUUAUAUAACGGAUGGAGAUUACACAGAAAGUUUCAAAACGGGUGUGUCAGGUGGGUCUCAGCGUUGCCCCUGGCUGCAGAUCGAUCUCGGAGAAAGCAAGCAAAUUGCGAGCGUCAACAUCACUGCCAGGGACCUAAGCGGAGGGUGGCGGCGGCGCUUCUUCGACGUGGGCUCGUGGAUUGACGAGCCAUGGGACGCCACGACUCCUACUCUUCCAGAGGGGGAGCAAACGUGGACGUCGGGGUGCGCGUCCUGGUCGCGAACGCAGCCCGUUCCAAUGCGGCGACAUGCAGCGAUAAGACCGAACAGGAUGUGACGUACUGCGCAUCGAUUAGUCAUGCGACUUCCAGAGGACCUACCUGUCCCACUCCUGACGGCGCAGCGCUGCAGGUAUGCGAAGUUAUCAAGUAUGCUGGCGGAGCCGGUGUGGAGCGGUUUGAACCUGGAUCACCCGAGAACACCCGGACAGCCGCCGUGCAAUGUGGUAAUAAAAUCGGCGUAGUAGAUCUUCCUGGUGUUGCAGCGGAAUCGGAAAGCGGGCGGGUCUUGGAAGUGGAUGAAGUGAAGGUUUUAGGCACUGAGACGACGACGACAUCAAAAGCGCCGACAAAAGCGAAGACAGAAGCGCCGCUUCAAGACGAGGAUGAGCACUCAGGCAGCAUCCACCGGGUGACAGAACUCUCGCGAGCCAUACUGCUGUUGGUCCUGUCUACUCUUACUUGGCUGGUGGCGCUCAGUCAUCACUCCUAUCUCGAGUUGCCUGGGUUGGCUUAA